AUGAGUGACAAAUCUACUACUAAGUCAAUGAUUGCUUCUCCCUGUGCAAACUGUGAAGGUAGUAAGAAAGUAAGAGAAGCAAAAGCUCUUAUGAAAAGCUAUGUAGCCUCUGAUCAUGUGAGCAAGAUACUAAGAAGCUUACCUGCAAGAUGGAGACCAAAGAAGGAGAAAUCAAAGGACAAGUCAAAGAAGUCAAACUUCAACACAAGGAAAUUCAGAAAGCAGAGCAAGAAGAGUUUAAUGGAAACCUGGGAAGAUUUAGACAGUGAUUCAAACUCUGAAAAGGAAGAGGCUGAAGAAGAUGAUAAAGUGGUUGUUGGGUUAGUGGCUACUGUGACUUCAGAAGCAGAUUCAGAUUCAGAUUCUAAAGAUGAAAAUGAGAGGCUACAAGAAAAAUGUAACGGAAAGUCUUUAAGUAAAGAAGAAAUUUCUCUUGAGGAGUAUAUUAUGUCUAGUAUUGACAGAAGCAAAGUUGCUUCUAUGAUUUAUAGCAUUAAUAGAAACAAUGAUAAAGGGAUUGGAUUUUUAGAAGGGAAACCAAAUGAAAUCAGUCUCAAAGCCUGUUGUGAAUGCACCAAGGAAGUGUUGAAAACCUUCUCUAUACUUGAAGGUGCUAAGAGUGAAACUGUUGUUCAGUCAGAGCCUGAAGCUACUAGCUCUGAGGCUAAGAUUACUUCAAAGCCAAAGAACUCUAAGCCAAAGGCAAUGAUAAAAUCUGAUUCUAAGACCUCAAAGAUUAAGAUUAUGAAGAGAUCAGAACCUGUUCCUCAGAGUCUGUUGAGGCCAGAAGCUGGUAUCUUAAAGUCUAAGUUUUAG